AGGGCAGGAGCGGCAGAGCUGCCUGCGCCGAGCGAUGCUGCGCUCCAGCCGCUACCGCGGGGCGCUGUGCGUGCGCGCAGCCGGGCUCCCAUAGGAUCCGGCAGCCCCAAGGCAGCCCGCAGGCAGCCCUCUGGCCCGGGGGAGGGGGCCGGGGCAGCCCCCGGCGCGGCGGGGCAGCGGGGCUGGGCUCGGGGGCAGCUCCCGCCCGCUCCCCGCCCGCCGCCACUCCGGCGGCUCCGCCGAGCAGCACCGCGGCUCCGGCUGCCGGGGCCGCCGCCGCGCACGGCCACCAAUGCGGGGGAGACCGGCGGCGAGGCAGCGGCUCCGCGGCAGCGGGGAGGGCAGGUGAACUCCGGGGAAGGAUGACCGGCGUCGCCGCGAUCGUCUUUUUCCUGCAGCUCUUGCCCAGGGCGGACGCACAGGUCUUCCCAGGUGGUUGUUCGUUCGAUGAGCACUACAGCAAUUGUGGUUACAGCGUCGCCUUGGGAACCAAUGGAUUUACCUGGGAGCAGAUCAAUACCUGGGAAAAGCCAACAAUGGAUCCUGCUGUCCCAACUGGCUCCUUCAUGAUGGUGAACAGCUCUGGGCGAGCUUCGGGGCAGAAGGCUCACCUGCUGCUGCCCACGCUGAAGGAGAAUGACACCCACUGCAUCGACUUCCACUAUUACCUGUCCAGCCGCGACCGCUCCAGCCCCGGCUCCCUCAACGUCUACGUCAAGGUCAACGGGGGCCCCCAGGGCAACCCCAUCUGGAACGUGUCAGGGGUGGUGACCGAGGGCUGGGUGAAGGCAGAGCUGGCCAUCAGCACCUUCUGGCCGCAUUUUUAUCAGGUGAUAUUUGAAUCUGUCUCUUUGAAAGGACAUCCCGGGUACAUAGCUGUGGAUGAAGUCAGAGUUCUCGCCCAUCCCUGCAGAAAAGCCCCGCAUUUCCUGCGGCUGCAGAACGUGGAGGUGAACGUGGGGCAGAAUGCCACCUUCCAGUGCAUCGCCGGGGGGAAGUGGUCACAGCACGACAAGCUCUGGCUCCAGCAGUGGAAUGGGAGGGACACGGCCCUGAUGGUCACUCGAGUGGUCAACCACCGGCGCUUCUCGGCCACGGUCAGCGUGGCUGACACGUCGCAGCGCAGCGUCAGCAAGUACCGCUGCGUCAUCCGCUCCGACGGCGGCUCCGGCGUCUCCAACUACGCCGAGCUCAUCGUCAAAGAGCCCCCCACCCCCAUCGCCCCUCCGGAGCUGCUGGCUGUGGGAGCCACCUACCUGUGGAUCAAACCCAACGCCAACUCCAUCAUCGGGGACGGGCCCAUCAUCCUCAAGGAGGUGGAGUACAGGACCACCACGGGCAACUGGGCAGAGACACACAUCGUGGACUCUCCCAACUACAAGCUGUGGCACCUGGACCCCGACGUGGAGUACGAGAUCCGCGUGCUGCUGACGCGCCCCGGGGAAGGCGGCACGGGGCCCCCCGGGCCCCCCCUCACCACCAGGACCAAGUGUGCAGACCCCGUGCACGGCCCGCAGCACGUGGAGGUGGUGGACAUCCGCUCGCGGCAGCUGACGCUGCAGUGGGAGCCCUUCGGCUACGCCGUGACGCGCUGCCACAGCUACAACCUCACCGUGCACUACCAGUACGUCUUCAACCAGCAGAAGUUCGAGGCUGAGGAGCUCAUCCAGACCUCGUCCCACUACACCCUGCGCGGGCUGCGGCCCUUCAUGACCAUCCGGCUGAGGCUGGCCCUCUCCAACCCCGAGGGCAGGAUGGAGAGCGAGGAGCUGGUGGUGCAGACCGAGGAGGAUGUUCCUGGACCUGUUCCCUUGGAAUCUAUCCAAGGAGGACCUUUUGAAGAGAAGAUCUACGUUCAGUGGAAGCCUCCAAAUGAGACAAACGGCAUCAUUACACUCUAUGAGAUCACCUACAAGGCCGUUGGGUCUCUGGAUCCCAGUGCUGACCUGUCCAGCCAAAGGGGGAAAGUCUUCAAGCUGCGGAAUGAAACCCAUCACCUGUUUGUGGGGUUGUACCCAGGCACCACCUACUCCUUCACCAUCAAAGCCAGCACAGUCAAGGGCUUUGGGCCACCCAUCACCACCCGGAUUGCAACCAAGAUUUCAGCGCCGUCCAUGCCGGAGUACGACACGGACUCUCCCCUCAACGAGACUGACACCACCAUCACGGUCAUGCUGAAGCCUGCCCAGUCCCGGGGAGCCCCUGUCAGUGUCUACCAGCUUGUUGUCAAGGAGGAGAAGCUGCAGAAAGCCCGGAGAGCUGCAGACAUCAUCGAGUGCUUCUCUGUGCCAGUGAGCUACAAGAACGCCUCCAGCCUGGACUCCCCUCACUACUUUGCAGCCGAGCUGAAGCCCAUCAACCUUCCUGUCACACAGCCCUUCACCGUGGGCGACAACAAGACCUACAAUGGCUACUGGAACGCUCCUCUUUCCCCCCUGAAAAGCUACAGCAUAUACUUCCAGGCUCUUAGCAAGGCCAAUGGAGAAACAAAAAUCAACUGUGUCCGGCUGGCAACAAAAGGAGCUUCCACCCAGAAUUCCAAUGCAGUGGAACCUGAAAAGCAAGUUGACAGCACAGUGAAAAUGGCUGGAGUUAUAGCUGGUCUCCUGAUGUUUGUUAUUAUCCUCUUGGGAGCAAUGCUUACCAUCAAAAGAAGAAGAAAUGCAUAUUCCUACUCCUAUUACUUGCAUUCAAGCCAAUGUUUUAGGGGCCUCUCUGUCUUCUACAGGACCAGGAAGCUAGCCAAGAAGCAGAAGGAGACUCAGACCAGCACACAGAGGGAGAUGGGUCCUGUGGCUGCUUCUGACAAGACCUCCACCAAACUCAGUGCUGUUCACAAUGAAGAAGCUUUUUCUUCCAGCUGCCAAGAUGUUAAUGGAUUCAUUUCCUCAGACACCGUGCCAUCGACCACGCUGUUAGACAGCAGCCACGGCGAGCUGGCGCAGCCCACGCUGACCAUCCAGACGCACCCGUACCGCGGCUGCGAGCCCGUGGAGAUGUCCUACCCGCGCGGGCAGUUCCAGCCCGCCAUCCGCGUGGCUGACCUGCUGCAGCACAUCACCCAGAUGAAGAGGGGACAGGGCUACGGCUUCAAGGAGGAGUACGAGGCACUCCCCGAGGGGCAGACGGCGUCCUGGGAUACGGCCAAGGAAGACGAGAACCGCAACAAGAACAGAUAUGGAAACAUAAUCUCCUAUGAUCACUCAAGAGUGAGAUUGCAGCUGCUGGAUGGGGACCCUCACUCCGACUACAUCAACGCCAAUUACAUCGACGGGUACCAUCGACCUCGCCAUUACAUUGCAACUCAAGGGCCGAUGCAAGAGACAGUGAAGGAUUUCUGGAGAAUGAUUUGGCAAGAAAACUCCGCGAGUGUUGUCAUGGUCACCAACCUGGUGGAAGUGGGCAGGGUGAAGUGUGUUCGAUAUUGGCCAGAUGACACAGAAGUCUAUGGAGAUAUUAAAGUCACAUUAAUUGAGACAGAGCCGUUGGCAGAGUAUGUCAUACGGACCUUCACUGUCCAAAAGAAAGGCUACCAUGAGAUCCGAGAGAUCCGGCAGUUCCACUUCACCAGCUGGCCGGACCACGGCGUGCCCUGCUACGCCACCGGGCUCCUGGGCUUCGUGCGCCAGGUGAAGUUCCUCAACCCCCCCGAGGCAGGACCCAUCGUGGUGCACUGCAGUGCUGGGGCUGGGAGGACAGGGUGCUUUAUUGCCAUCGACAUCAUGCUGGACAUGGCAGAGAACGAGGGCGUGGUGGAUAUCUUCAACUGCGUGCGAGAGCUGCGCUCCCAAAGGGUCAACUUGGUGCAGACAGAGGAGCAGUAUGUGUUUGUCCAUGAUGCCAUUUUGGAAGCAUGUCUCUGUGGCAACACAGCCAUCCCAGUCUGUGAGUUCAGAUCCAUAUAUUACAACAUCAGCAGACUGGAUCCACAGACCAAUUCCAGCCAGAUAAAAGAUGAGUUUCAGACCCUGAACAUCGUGACGCCGCGCGUGCGGCCGGAGGACUGCAGCAUCGGGCUGCUGCCCCGCAACCACGACAAGAACCGCUGCAUGGACGUGCUGCCCCUGGACCGCUGCCUGCCCUUCCUCAUCUCCGUGGACGGCGAGUCCAGCAACUACAUCAACGCUGCCCUCAUGGAUAGCCACAAGCAACCCGCUGCCUUCAUUGUCACCCAGCACCCCUUGCCCAACACCAUCGCGGACUUCUGGAGGCUGGUGUUUGACUACAACUGCUCCUCCGUGGUGAUGCUCAACGAGAUGGAUGCAGCACAGCUCUGCAUGCAGUACUGGCCAGAGAAGACGUCCUGUUGUUAUGGCCCAAUCCAAGUGGAGUUUGUUUCAGCAGACAUUGAUGAAGAUAUCAUCAACCGGAUAUUCCGGAUCUGCAACAUGGCCAGGCCGCAGGACGGGUACCGCAUCGUGCAGCACCUGCAGUACAUCGGCUGGCCGGCCUACAGGGACACGCCGCCCUCCAAGCGCUCGCUGCUGAAGGUGGUCAGGAGGCUGGAGAAGUGGCAGGAGCAGUACGACGGCAGGGACGGGCGCACGGUGGUCCACUGCCUGAAUGGUGGAGGGCGCAGCGGCACCUUCUGUGCCAUCUGCAGUGUGUGUGAGAUGAUCCAGCAGCAGAACAUCAUCGACGUGUUCCACAUCGUGAAAACGCUGAGGAACAACAAGUCCAACAUGGUGGAGUCACUGGAACAGUAUAAAUUUGUAUACGAGGUUGCACUGGAAUACUUGAGUUCCUUUUAGCCCAGCGAAGGGAGGGGACCCCAUGAUGUGCCAGACCCCAAACUCUGGUGGAUGCUUCUCCCCUGUCCCACACUGGAAGGCAGUAACAAGUGUGGGAAGGAGAACUUCUCCCUCCUUCUCAGCAAGAGACUGAGGUUGCAGAGACCUCGCUGGAAGGAGGAGACGAUGCCUGUGUGUGCUGCUGCCUGCUUUCUAUCGGAACAUCUACUGCUUCUUAAAUAACUUACUGUAAAAAUUAGCAAAAUGGGAGACAGGCUGAAAGACUGGACUUUCUAAUCCCCUCUGACUCCUCUUUUGGAUUGUGUUUUUGUUCUGCUUGCUGCAGAGUGGGGAAGGAAUGAAACCCUUAGGAAAUUCUCUUUUAAAUGUCUCCUUUUUAAUUUAUAAUUUUGUUCUCAAAUCCCAGCCUUUUAAUUUUUUAAUUUCAUGCAGCAGUCAUUUGGGAAAAAUGAGAUAGCCAUAGGGGAUACAUGAAAUGUUUCAUUACAAUUUGUCUACCUUAUCUGUUUCCUUUUAUUUGUUUUUCCAAAUGAAAAGGCCAACACACACACAUGGAAAAAAAAAAAAGAAAAAAAGACUACGCUGGAAUUCUCUUCCCAAAUUUAGUCCCUUUAAGCAUGAAAAUAGAUGGUGGACGUGAGAAUCUGUUCAUGGAUUCACUGCCACCACACAGAUAUUUCCUCCCAGUUUCUGCUGGACUUCCAGGGCUGUGCAUGACCCAGUUCCACCCCUCUGGUCUGUGUCCUUUUGCUGCUGAAGCUGUUGAGGAGUUUCCCAGCCUCUCGAAGCUGAAGGUUGAAUAUUUGCAUCAAACCAAUUGCAUUUGUCUCACAACUUUGGUAACUUGGUUACCACAUUUCCCAAGUGUUAGCUGGGCUGCAGUGUGUCUUUGACAAACAGGGUAUGAAGUAGGUUUUAUUGCUCAUAUACUAUGUAUGACUAUUUUUUAUUUAUUAUUUGUAUUGCUGUAGAACUUAGGACCCCUAGUCAUGCCAGGACCCUGCUGAACUAGGCACUGUGCAAGCAGACAGCAAAGAAAGUUCCUGUUCAAGAGUUUGAAGUCUGAAGGUUCUUAAAACUGGGUUUGGGCAAGAUUUCCUCACUAUUUCCAGGCCCUUCAAGCUUCAAAAUUGUAAUCCACUGGAGCUGUAGAAAAGGUGAUGUACAUACACAGAAACCUAUUCUGACACCUGUAAAGAAAAGUGUUAGCCCAGCACAGCAACUUCUCUUCUUAAGCAAAACAGCUUUUGUUCUAUUCUGCAAAAAUGCCUGUGCAAGUCUUCUUCUCUGAAACAAACACCAGAUGUGUUUUGCCAUGGUUCUGGACCUCAUUCUGACUUCUUAGCAGCUAAGAAAUUGCUUUUCUGAAAAAGUGUGUUUAAGUAGUUAAUCAUUAAGGACUGCAGGGUGAUCUUGGAGAAAAAAAAAUAAUUGAAUGAACAAGACUUUACAAUAAUUAGUAUUUCAAUUUAGGCAUUUAUUUAUCUUGAGGGUGUGGGAUAUGAGGCUGUAAAUUAGAUUCUGGGGUGUAAGGUUCUUCAAAUUCAGACUUGCGAAAAGAUAGACUGAAGGUAAGAGUUUAAAGAAACUCCAAUUUUCUUCUCACCCUGUAGUUUUCCACCCUCAGGUAAAUACUCAGAGGCUGCUGGGAGCUCUGUCCUGCCCAUGCCUGGCACAGAGCACACGAGAAGUUCAAAAUGCUUUGCUGAUUCUGUCUGUGAAUUCAAAAAGCACCUCAGUUUCAUGGCCAUCCUCUCUUCAAUAGUCACACCCUCACCUUGACCAGGAGGGCUGGAAAUGAAAUCUGGCAAAAGCAGCUCAGACACACCAGAACCCAACCAGAGCACUGUCACCCACCAGCCUAGGGUUCAUUAAUACCCCUCUGGAGAAGCAGAGGAUGCUGAACCACCUAGGGUUUCUCUGAGGAGCUUUGCAUUCUUGGCUUUAAUAUCAGGUCUUAACUGACUGUGAACCACCUUCUCACAGGAGCCUCUGCUGUUUCUGGUUGGUCCUUCCUGUUGCCUGCAAAAAAAAAAUCAUGAGAUCAACUUUAGUUCCAGCUGGGGCUGUCAGUGGGUGUCUGGCAUCUCAAGGCACAGGCUACUGGUCUGAAUUAGUUUCUUUUUCUCUAUGCAACUAAACAACACUAUUCAGCAGGAAAAAUAACUAGAAGGCAAAGUGAAAGGAUGAGAUAAAAGUGAGAGAAAAAGUGAGAUGAAAAGUGAGAGGAAAUAAUGUUGGUAUUCUGAUUACAGGCUGGAUGUGACAGUGUAGGUCAGGUGUUGGGAGAGAAAAGGGAAGAGGGAAUUCUAAUCCCAGGAUGGGAUUUUUCAACAACUGCCCAGGUAUGAAGAAGCUACAAGUCAGCAAAGUGUUUUUGACUCUGCUGACUCCAGAAAGCCAAAGGGAGCCACUCCCUGUGGAGACAAUGGAAAUAUUAAUUAGUAUUUAGCAUCCUGUUAAUUUUACAUGGAAAGUAGCACAGUGACAGGUCUCCCUCAUGAUUUAGGGGAGGGAAGCCAGCACUGAGGGUGACAGCUGGGAUGAGGGAACAGAGAGGUAAAGAAAUGCCAGUAUCACUGAGGUGUGAAGUAAUUUAGGCUUAACUUAAAAGAAAGUGGAUUGAAAUGCCAGAGUUAAGCCCACAGGAGGGGUGUGUGAGUGAGGGGAAGGAGGUGUGGGAUGAGCAGAGCAGAACAGCACUGGCAGUGCAGUGGUUUAGGGUCUGGAGGUAGGUUUGGAUGUGUUUUAUGGUAUGAAAAACACUAUUAAAGGGUCAAGGACUUUUAUCAGCUGGCCCACAGCAGCUCACUGUGUGCUCAGCCCUCUGCAAAUGCCAAGUGAUGUUGGCACAAACUGCAGGGAAAGAUAUUGAAGCUAAAUUUUACAUUUUAUAGGAGUUAAUGCCAAUGUUGGUAACCGCAGCCCAACUGUUAGUCACAGCUUAUUAUGUGGCCACUCAACCAUGUGUCUGAACUUCCCAAUGUCCAGCCUACAACCCAUAUGGAAGGAUCUCAGCAGGCACUGCACACUGUGCUGCCAAACUGUUCUAAAUUCCUGCAGUUAUGGUGCUUUUGGGGGACUGACCCAGCUCCAGCCUGUGUUGGCUCAGGGAUCUUCAUGCUGUUCCUCCCUGCACAGUGCAUAUAUGCCAAGUGUGAAUUAAUGAUGAAGGGAAUUGUGUGGAAAAGCACGCUCUAAAUCACUUUAUUACCUGGAGGUUGUUUAAACCCUAGAGAAUAGCCCAUCGUGAAGUAGAUAAUGUGUUUGAAGCAGGAUUAUGGGUGAUGGGUUUGUUUUCAUGGGGAAAGAAAGAAGUUAUGAGAUGAGAUAAAGGAGGUUUUCUCACUCCUGGAAGGAUUAAUAGUCAGUGGGAGCUUUUCAGCCUAAGCAUUCCCUGCUGUGGAUGAAAAGUGAUAAUGUGCAGUAAAAAAAGGUGAAUUCCUCCGUGAUUGAAUUUUAGGCUGGAAAACAUAUCAUAUUGAAAAUAUUUGAAUGGACAUAAUGAAGAUGAACUUAUUUCCAUGGAGACAUCCUUCAGAGGCAAGGGGGAACUGUUUGUGACAGCACAGAGUUGAUGUAAAGUUUGGUCUGAAAUACAAGGAAAUAGAAACAGGUGGUUUGGGGUCACUGUCUCAUAUUGGGGGUAACCAGCAUCUUAAAUUAUUAAUGGAUGUAUCUGCAGCAAUGAAUUCCACUGGUUAUCAGUAGUUUCUAGCCUUUUAUUCUGGAGCUGUAAACUCCCUGGAAAAAAAAAGUCCAGUAGCCACAUAGACCCCACAGCAGUAGAUUUAAGCCCAUGGAUGCUAGACUGGCUUUUCCAUUUGCUUUCCACAGGCCCUUUAGCAGAAUUUUGUGGGAUUUCCCUUGGGAAUCUCAAGCCAGGGAUUGCUGGUCACUGUUCCUGGUGUGCUGUAGAGUCAGAGGAAGGAGAGAGGCUCCUGCAGCAGGUGGUUCAGGAGGCAGUUAAACCAGUUUCCAUCUGGAAGUGAGGGGAAGGAGAAGAAAUCUCCUUUGGGAGAAACCAAACAUUGGAAGAGAAGGCAAAUGAAAUGGAUCAUGAAACAGGUAGGAAAUUUGCACCUUGCUCUCCCUCUCAUUCUUGCACAGUUGCUCUCAUCUCUCCCUCACUCUUCUGAAUUCCUGCCAAGAUCAUAAAAACCAGGUAAUGUCACAUUCUGUGCUGUGGAGAUGGAGCACUCGGAGUGUGACAGAGGGAAUAAAUCCUGAGGGACAAAGAUAAAAGAAGAUUUGCUCGAGAGAGGAAUCUUCAAAUAUGAGGUGCUUCUGUCUGUCACACUUGCAGAAUUUUUAGUGAAGUCGUCACAGAGCAGUGCACAGUCCUGGCAUGGUCCUGGAUGGGCAAUGUGGUGCAAAAGUUCCCCUUGGAAAACUUCAUUGUUCUGUAAUAAAUAUGAACAAUCAACUCCGUGAUGUUGGCAGCACAGUUAAUUUUUGUGACUCUCCAGCCAGUGCAAGGGGCAUCUCAAGACCUUGGUGUGGAACUGCUGCAUUUUCAUUUGAAAAUCUUUAAUUUGUCUUAAGUGUACAAAAGACAGUUAACCCGUUUUUUUAGGAAAAUAAAGGUGGCCGUGUGGCAAAAGUGGCAACAUUUAUUCACCAUAACCACUGCCAUUGGGUCAAAAAUUCCAUAUUCCUGCUGUGUGAGGGCAGAACAAAGCACUGCAGCUGCCCUGCCCAGAGAGAGGAGCAGGAGGAGGCAGCUAAGUCAGAGAGACAGAUGUGAGUAAUGAGGAUUCUGUUAACCCUCCUGCACUCCUGCUUAUUUAGAUUGCAGUCUUCUAUAGCCAUACACACAUAAUAUACAACUUCAGUGCAAGUGCUCUUUCUUUCCCUGUUCCCAAAAAUACCUACAGCUCUUUUUCCUCGAGGGUGAGCCAACAGCAUAGCGAGCAAAGCCCAAUUUCUGCCAUUUUGGCAAGGACCACAAGGAAAAUCCAUCAUGUAUUAUCUGUUCAUUGACUUGGAAAAGGUAUCAAUCAUCUGCCUCAUAUGCAUACUUGAAGAAUGUACAAUUUGCUCAAACUGUCAAGCAGAAUCAUACAUUUUCAUAUACCACCAAAUCCUGGUGGCACGGAGUGUGAUGGAAAGGGAAAAAAAAUACACAAAAACUUGCUGAUUUCCAGUGACCUCUAGUCUCUAACUUUUAUUUGCUGUGUUAAAAUAUUUUAAAAGUUUCCCUUGUGAAAAAAAAAAAAAAAAUAAACUGUGCCCAGAAUAUCCUACAGUUUAAUGUUGGACUAGCAGAAUGUGAAAACCUGGCAGCUUUUCCAGUUUGUAAAAACAUGAGGGAUCUAAAUUAGACUUUCCAUCCUCAUCCCAGUUCAUGCAGCAGAUUUUCCAGCACUAUUCUGUUUUCAACCUGAGCCUUAAAAGACAAACUAAUGCAGCAGACUGAAUGCCAGAUGCUGGUGUUCCCAUAGUGUUUCCUGGCAGGGGGGGAAAAAGGAUGAAAAGGGAAAAACUAAAAUGUUUUUUCUCGGAAUUCAAUUCAGUGAGCUGUUUCUGAGCAGUACAAACAUGAGCCAGUCCAUGCCACUCUGGAGGUACAGGGUGAAGAUGAUGUUGGUGUCCCUUGGGGUCCAAUCCUGAUAUUUCAUGUAUGAGUACCCAGGAGUGUAGUGGUUCCUUUAGGGGACGCAGUUGUCACAGAAGGAGUGUUCCAGUGGAGAUCUGGUCCCCUGAAAUGCCACUCUUUGGGACACCCUGUGAGACACCUCACGUGUCUUGCACUGUGGAGAUGGAUUUCCUUGUGUGAGUACAUCAUCUUUCAGUGAGGACCGCCAGGAACUCUUCUGUGUGAAAUAAUGGGAAGGAGUGUGUCUGGGGGGAUGGAAAAGGAAGUGGGGCCAGCAAUUUACAAGCUUCCAUUAAUUUAAAUACUCUGAGACUCCCCAGGACAAACACUGCUCAGUUUUUCACAUUGCUGACAGUCAAACCAAACUUCAUGUGCAGGACUUCCAGUACCUGGAGCAGAACUGCAAAUACCCCCUCAUUGCCCCACUAGCCCUUCCUUGAAUUGCCAGCAUUUAAACACUGUACUCCUAUGCCAAGAGUCUGAGCUGCAUCCUUAACACAUCCCUUAACCCAUCCUGACUAACUGCAGUGACAAAAUUCACUCCCACACCGAUUCCAUCUCCUCCCUCCCUGCACCGACCCUGUCAGGAUCCAAAUGUGCCAGCAUCACUUCUUGCCAGGCUUGUCACCACUUCACACAGCCAUGCUGUGGCUGCCUCUGGCUGAGCAGUCUGCCCUCCCAGCUCCCUGGGUGUGUUUUUGGGCAGGGAGGAAUGCUGCAUCCUGCCCUCCCAGCUCCCUGGGUGUGUUUUUGGGCAGGGAGGAAUGCUGCAUCCUGCCCUCCCAGCUCCCUGGGUGUGUUUUUGGGCCCUCCCAGCUCCCUGGGUGUGUUUUUGGGCAGGGAGGAGUGCUGCAUCCUGCCCUCCCAGCUCCCUGGGUGUGUUUUUGGGCCCUCCCAGCUGCCUGGGUGUGUUUUUGGGCAGGGAGGAGUGCUGCAUGCGAGCGAGUCUCUGCUGUUGCGAUGCCGCCCCCUCUCCUCCCCCUCGGCCUUUAUGGAUUACUGGUGAAACUCACUUGUACAGUUUGGAUGUUUGAUAGAUAAAGCACGUGCGAGAAAAAAAAAAGGAAAAAAAUAUAAAUACAAAACUCUCAACACUGUGCAUUCAGUGUCUUUUCUUUCUAGCUUAAAAGAAGGAAGGUAAAUAAUGUCAAGUCAAUGAAUAUCAGAUAUAUUUUUUGACUGUACAUUACAGUGAAGUGUAAUCUUUUUUUUACAACUGCGAGUCCAUCUUAUUUAUUCUUGUAAAUGUUCCCAGACAAUGUUUGUAAUAUGGGCUGUGUUGCAAAUCCAUAAAAUAAAUCUGUGAUCUGAGAUUAAUGUUUUACUAAGA